UGAAACAGUUCGGUUGCUAGUGUAGUGCUUGAAUUUCGCUCAACGUUCGCGCGUGCUCCGCCUGCAAAAGUGUUUCACAUACAGUUGAGCGCCAUACGAGAAGACACAUACACAGGAAGAUAGAAGACGAUGGAUGUUGCUAAAUACUGAAUGGAAGUAGCCCAAACUGACCCAGCCGAGAUCCGAGCGUGUGUAUUGUUAUUUAACAAGAAUUUGAUUUCGAAAUUUGCGUAUCAAGGAAGAGCGAAGAGCGCGCGAUUCGAAACGCAAUUUUCUUCUGCUUAUAAAUGCAAUUUUAAUAGUGAAAAUAAUAAGAAGGUGGUUAGACUGUAAGAAAUGAAGAAAAUUUCGGUGACUGACAAGUAAAAGGUUCAGCUCGAUGUUCGCGGUGCCCCGCUGAAAAGAUUAUUUCUGAUGAUAUAACCAGUCGAUUGCUGUGCGUUUGAAGAGCGUAACGAAGCAAAACGCGAUUGAUUCUGGAACGACUGGACCGGCACAACAGCGGGGAGCAGCGGAAAGGACCUGCCAAGUCAUAGUUUAUUAUCCGACGCAGUGACAGCGACAAGAGCAGCAUCAACAAUAGCAACAGAAGUUGAUUGGUAAUUGAAUUCCGAGAAAAGAUAGAGAGUGCAAUCAAAUGCAUUUUGUAGGGUUGUGGCCGGUGUGAAAGUAACCACCAAAGUAUAUGUAUAUAUACAGGUGUAGUUUAGGUUAGAAGAAUUUUAGCUCUCAUUCAUUGAAAUACCAGAGGAAAAGGAUUGAGGGUGGUAAGAAGACCUCCGCCGUUAAGAGGGAAGUUAAGAGCAGUGCUAGAGCUGGAUCUGAUCUCCAAGUGCAUCGUGAUUUCGCUAGGCAACACGAUAAUCGGAUUGUAGCGCUCCAGUUAAUGGUGACGAGGUUGAAGAUGCUCUGGUAAAUGUGGAUCAAGAGGUGUCGAGCACCAGUUACGCAAUUGGCAAGCCACAGGUAAAGUUUCUGACACGUGAGCGGUCGAGUCUGUGCGGUUUCGUAAUUGCGGUCGGCUAGACGAAGACGUCGACAAAAGAAGAAGUGUGAGAAGAAAACAAAGAGGUAAACUGACGGUCAGUUUUGGAGUAGUGCGCGGUCCAAAAAUAGUUACCUCACCUUCGCGUGGUGCGAGGCAGAGAUUAGACAACUGCCAUACAAGUGGGGGGACUUAAUUUUGCCAACCCUAGCCUAUGCGAGGCGAGAUGGCGGCCGUAAUGACGGAUUUGGCGAUAGAUGCAUUUAUGAGCCGUGAUUAUCAGCUUGCGUGUGAACUGUUUGAGCAGUAUAUUCGGGAGUGCUGCUGUGAUCCUCGGGAAUCAGAAGAUAGAAAAACAGUGAUGAAUGUAUGUAUGUCAACGGAUGGUAAUGAGGUGCCAAGUGGCGCUGCUCGUCAGCAGCCUCAUGCAGUGUAUUAUGGCUAUGGAGAUUCUCUUGCCAAAACUGGUCGUCUGAAGGACGCUCUGGACGUUUACGCGCAUAUCAGUGCAACUCUGAAAACGGAGUUGAUCCCCCUGGAUCGAAUGAAGCACUUAACAACCUCGCUGAUUGACGCCAUAAUCGCGAAGCGAACUGCUGACCAAUCGGCGGUUUACGGUGUGAAUCAAAUUGGUGGUGAAAAUUCGGUAGAUCCACUGUGUUGCCCUAUCUGCGAGGACAUCCUCCGGUAUCCGGUAACGGCAACCUGCGGGCACACUUUUUGCCGGCAGUGCUGCUUUGGACACAGCAGCUGUACCGUCUGUCAGCAGAAGUUUCCGACGUUAUCGAACAGUUCGCACGUGGUAACGCAAUCAGUUUCAACGACGAGCAGUUCAUCAACGAGUACCUCAACGUUAACGUUGCUCUCGUUAUCGCCGUCAACUUCUGCUGCAAGUAAUCGCGAGAAGCCUCCGGAAACGGACAGUUUGCGUGGCCCGGAUUCCGUAGCGAGUUUAGAGAGUGGUGUUUGUAGGGAUGCUAGUGCUAGUGGCAGUAAUGGUUGCGAUAGCGGUGUUGUUGGUUUCGAGCAAGAUAUUCUUGUACGGCGAUUGGUUGAACGCUGGUGGGGACCAGAACUGCAGGCUGCCGAGUUCAACGAAGAAGCCCAGCGACAUCUGGAAAGUAACGCACUGGACGAUGCGCUGCGGUGUUGUAAUCAAAGUCUUAAGCACGCACCCAACAGCUACAAAGGUCUUCUCCUGCGGUCCGAAGUCCUGUACCGGUUGCAGCACUACCAGAGUGCCCUGGCGGAUGCCGACAACGCCCUGAAAAGCCGUCCCACUUCUUACAAGGCACACUAUCAACGAGCACUGGCACUGUCAGCACUGGGGAAAUCAGAACAGGCCAUAAUGUCCCACUGUUUGUCGAUAUUCCUGGAUAAACAGUCAAUGUGUGUGGCGAGCGGAAUAAAACAGGAACUAGCAAAGGAUCUUCAAAAUUUGCUCGCCUCGGUUCGGUCGGAGCCGGAUCUCCCACCGACCCUGCUGGACCCGCUGACGCUCAUCUUUGGUAGCCCCUACCGUCUGAUGAAUUCACGUAAGCGGCGCCACCACCAUCGGUUCCUAACGGCCCACCGGCCCAAAGUGAAAAAGCAGUAUCUCAGCCUGAGGACCAGUGACUUUGACGAUGACCAUUCCGAUUGCGGCGACGAGGAUUACUUACGGUCUAGUUUUUUCGAUGAAAUGGACGAUUUCUACCAUCAAACCAUUAAUCCACCUCACCACCGACGGAAAUCGCUGACGGCAUAUAAUCUGAACAUUUUCAACCCCCGAAUGGACGUGCCACUCGGGAAGGACUUUUACCCGUACCAUCAGCAACAAUUGCUAAAAAGCCAAAGACUCCAGCAACAGCAGCAGCAGCAACAACAACAACAACAGCAACAUCAACAGCCAGCAUUAAUCAUUCCAGGACAAAACUCAAAACUGAGGUCGUUCGUAGAUCGAAUGUCUCAGGAGCUGGAAUCGAUCCGGUGGGCUGAGGGAGCUCCAGUCCGGUUACACGUCAAUCCGAUGAACAUUGAAGCGUCCGACUUUGAUUGCGUUCUCUGUUGCCGAACGCUUUGGAAACCGGUGGUGACUCCCUGCGGACACACCUACUGUUGGGUUUGUCUCGAUCGCUGCAUGGAUUAUUCGUCCUCAUGUCCGCUGUGCAUGGCACCGCUUAUCGAACAGUUCCGACAUCAUCUGGCCAGCAGUGCCGGCCAAUUUGCGCUGCUUAGCGCCAAUCCUACCCUGAUCUCAUUGUCUAAGCGUAAAGUAACCCAGUUUGUAGAGGUGGCUAUGCAACGGUUUAUUCCGGAUGCGUACGAAAAGCGUCAGCUGCAGGAACUAGAACGGGAACCGACGGUUCCGGUGUUCAUCUGCACAACAGCAUUUCCUUCGGUGCCAUGUCCACUGUUUGUGUACGAACCGCGCUACCGGUUGAUGGUUCGGCGGGCGAUUGAAAGUGGAGAGCGUCAAUUUGGAAUUGCACUACCACAACAGAACGGCCGACAGCGGUAUGUAGAGUACGGUACGAUGCUGGACAUCCGGGACUGCGUACAGCUUGGCGAUGGCUGUUCUAUCCUGUCGACAGUUGGUGGCCGCCGAUUUCGGGUGGUAGCGCGCCACGAGAAGGACGGCUACGAUACGGCCAACGUGGAAUUUAUCGCGGACGAUAAAAUCGACUGUGAAGGACCGAGUGAGGACGAUAAGGUGCAUUUAAUCCGGGAGCUGCACGAGAAGGUGCUACAGAGGGCGAUCGGUUGGCACCAGAGUUUGCCGGAGAACAUCAAGUGCGAAAUUUUCAAGAGCUUUGGCAAGAUGCCCGAACUGGAAGCGAACUGGGAAGAUGUGGUGGACGGACCGGCGUGGGCGUGGUGGAUUAUCGCGAUUCUGCCGUUGAGUCAGCAUUUAAAGGUCGGUAUUUUGUCUACCACUAGCCUGGAGAAGCGGCUGCGAGCGAUCGAUAAAACACUUAAUCUCGAAUCGGCUCAGCAGAAACGACAGCGUUCUGUGUGCGUAGUUCCUGCUUCACCGGCAUCGCCACCUCCAGUGAGCUGUUGCGAUGGACUGCAAACCACAGUUACGGUAGUAGCAGCACAACAACAGCAGCACCACCAGCAACAUCCUAAUCAUCAGCAGCAGCAUCAACAACAACGCCAAGCAAUUGAUUGUUGCUUACGAGAAAGAACUACCUCAACACACCAUCAUCAUCAGCAUCAUCAUCAUCACCAUCAAGAUGAUGAUGAUCACCAUCAUCAAGGAAACCAUCAGCACAACCACCAUCAGCACCAAAACCACGAAAACGAUAGUGAUAGACAUUCUUCUGAGGAUCAUCACCAGCAACACCACCACCACCAUCAUCAUCAUCAUCACCAUCUCAAUCAAUCAGCAGAAACUGCAGAGUAUUUGCUGUAAAGCUGCUAAUUGCGCAUUUCCAUCCAAAAGUUAAAAAAAGGAAAACAAAAGCACUAAACACUAGCACACUACAAACAACUAAUCACGUGAAAUGCAACUAAAUGGUUCUCUUCUUUUGUGAAAUGUACAACAUUCGUACCGUCGUGGAUCAAACAGUAAACCAAUUUAUGACCGUGUGUAACCUAAUUGCCAUAGAUCAAUAUGAUAGUUAAAUCAAUAAUCUGUAAUCUGUAAGAAAAGAAGAAAACAACACAGAAAAGUAACAUUGCCCUUUGUAGAAAAACGAAAAAUAUUUUCUCCGCUACACAAAACUUUACCGAGAAGCGACACACGCCUGUAUGAUCUUGAGCUUUAUGAGACAGUUUGAAACUUGAGCUACUGCCUGUUGAAGGGUUUUACUAUUUUAUCCAAGUUCGAUCUCCAUUUUUGCCAUUAUAAUCUGUACCCUGUAUAACCUAUCUUCCAAACCUGCUAAAAAUUAAUAUAUAUAUACACACUUUUGCGAUCACCUCUUCAAUGCGAUUAAAACGAUGAAGUAUAAAGUUUUCCUAAUCCCUCUUAAGCUAUCUAUUAAAGCGAUUUCGAUCAAGAGAUCAUUUGUAUUCAGUAAGACCUCUAUAAUCCUCAUCUCAUUAUCUCUAACAAACGGACAACUUUCCCAAAAAUCUCUGUUUUUCUCUCUUCUCUUCUAUUUAUCUUGGACACUUCCCAAUACAUCCAAUGAAACUUUGCUAAAAUUUUGUCUAUUUAAUAUUGCUAAUAAAAAAAUUGCUUCCGUUUUUGAAUGAAGUCUUUGGUCUGUUAGUAAUGUAAGUCUACGAGGAAGGAAAUGCCAGUUUUGUAACCAUUUGCGAUAGUUCGAAUUCUGUUUACUCAGGAGACACAAACUCAGGCCCGGAUUUGAGGGGGGGCAAAGGGGGCAGAUGCCCCGGGCCUCCCGAUUCAAGGGGCCCCCCUAGUCCUGAGGCGACCUUUUUUUUUUUUGCUCGUCACCUUCCAGAACGAUACCUCUAAAUGUUUUGAGGAAAGAGGGCCUCACAAACAAAUUUGCCCCGGGCCCCCCGCCGUCUAAAUCCGGCCCUGCACAAACUAGUAGUGCACAAAUGACUAUUGCUAAAAAUAAGAAAAUACCAUCGUGAGACUCCUCAAUUUAGAAAGGAAAUUUUCUAAUCCAUCAUAAACGAACUAUAUUAUACUGGAAAUUAAUUGGUAUUCCUUUUUUGCAAGAUAAUAUUCCUAACGAGACCAAAGUCACACACAUUACUUUUAUUCGAUUAGAUAAAGCACUCAAAUAUGGAUGCCUCUUAUAAAUGCUGUAUCCAACCAAAAUCUAAUACGCGUACAACAUUACAAAGUACACUAAAACGUGAAAGUGAAUGCAAUUGGAGCCCCUAUUCUAAAAUUCCCGCCAUACCAGCACGACCAGCAGAGCAACUAUGGGAUCCCUAGUUGUAUUCACUUUAUGCCAACACUAAUGAAUGCAGGGCGCCGUGAACAUGACGACAAUCUUUUCCAUGCGAAGAAAAAAAAAUUAACCUCCAACCCUAUCAGAACCCAUUGAAGGAAAUUCAACCCGGAAAUCCAACCACAACUUGUCUCUGUACCAAGUAAAACCCAGAUUAGCUCCCGGGCAAACAGAACUGUUAACGGUAAAAGGAGAAACAAAAUUCUCCCCAGUUAAACACACCGAAGAUAACCAAUGGAACUUACCAGAAACAAUCACAUCAAUAGAGGAUUUAGAUAACUACAACCAGAAAACAGGUAGUGAAAGCAUUGAAUGCGUGUAUUGAUGGCAGACGUUAGAUAGUUAGCAACAGUACGCCACACGGGUUAGGAACCUUUGACAAACUGUAUCCUGUUUGGUUUAUCAACCGAAACUUGGCGAGUUAAUGUAGCUUUCCUUAGCAUGCCGGCUAAGAAAUCAACAGAAUGUUAUAAAACUAAAUUUCCUUUCCACUCAUCCGUCAAUGUUGGGAAUAGUAGUUAGGAAUUUACACCGCAGGAGAAUACCUUAAUUUGUGAUAUCAUUCAUCUAAUUUUAGUGAAACGUCAGGCACACUCACGGUGUCCGGCGUUGUUUAGCUUAAGGCUUUUUGUACUCUCAUGUUUCUAGGUAAACCUAUCUAAUCUACCUUUCGAUAUCGUAAGCAAGCAAGCAAGCAAACAAAAAUAAGAAAAAUAUUGCAUUUUAAAUAUAACAGCCCCGCAUCCCCGGCCGUAGGGUUGGAAUCCAACCCCUCGAGUCAUGAGCGCACGUGACUUUUCCUAGUGAUGGAUCACCAGCGCAGCGCUGUGCUGUUGAGAUCACGAGUGAAUGCUAGGUUUAGCUAUGUUUUGUAAAUGUAUUAAAUUGGUCGUUGUAAACGUUGCGCAGCAGCUUCUGCCUCUCCUUAUUCCGGCUAAGCCCUGCAGAAGAAAGACCGUUCACGCAGAGCGGAAGGCAAAAAAAAAGUUGAACUUAAACUCAAUUCAGGACCGACAGUUGGUCGAAUUGUGGAUUGGAGAUUCAGAUGUAGGGGAAAAAAGGUCGACAAUUUAGGUAACAAUUUAUUCUAAACUUAUUUUCCACUCAUGAACCUUUACAUUAAUGACGGCUGCUGCAGGGGUCAGUUAAUUUAUCUCACUCUCCAACUUGUACGGAAUUAUAGUAACCGGAAAAGUAAAUUGCAGAUUGUCCGCAGAGCAAAAUAAGAAGAAGAAGAAAAGAAACACUUUCAAAGUCCUAUUUUCUAAAAAGUGAGUAUAAUAAAUUUUUGAUCGUAUAGUAAAA